UCUACAAUGAACACGAAUUCUUUGACAUUCACAUCAUUUAAUGGGUACUUUGUUAAAGUCUAGAAAGCCUUUAUCUUGAUAAAUAUUAAUCAAUUUGCAAGUAGUUGUGUUCAUAAACAUUUCAUUCCGAUCAUAUAAAAAUGUUCAAGACACUUCAAGACCCUGACGUUUCAGCUGCUAUAGGUCCAAUUUUAAACCUUACCACAAAUGAUUUAAAAGAAUUGUUGAACAAUGAAGAUAGAUUUGAGGAACUUAUUAGAUGCAAUCAACAGUUACAGGAGUUUGAGUUAGAGAAAGAAGAAAUAAUGGUCAGGAACCGUUCUUUGGCAGAAUUCAAUCUAUCCAAAGAGCCUGAACUGGAAGAGGCUAAAAAUGUAAUACAAUCUCUCAGUGAAGAAGGCAACCAAUUGUGUUCUAGCGUUCAAGCAAAGCUUGAGAAAAUAAAAAAUAAAGCUGGUACAAUGACAACUGAAACUGCAUUAGAUUUAUUACAAGCUGCUGCAGCAGAAAUUGAAGAAGAGUCAGAGAAAGUGGCAGAAAAGUUUUUAGGUGCAGACAUGGACGUUGAUGAUUUUUUGGAACAGUUCCUAACAAGACGCAAGCUCAUGCAUUUGAGAAAAGUGAAAGUUGAUAAGAUGAAAGAAAUAUUAAGAAGGCCUUCAAGUCAUGUAUCUGCAAAUCCUGGAUACCCAGUACCAGGAAGUUACCCUGGAAUAUCACUUCCUUAUCCAGCAGGACUUGUAUCGAUGCCUAUGCCAGUGCCACCAAGCUUGAAACCAUUUUAGUCAAU